AUGAUAAAGCGGCGAUUCUACAAGCUAGAACAUGGCGACAGAGAUGGUCCCUCGAAUUCCUCUUCAUCCUCCUCGGAUUCUGAAAUAGAACCAGAAGCCAUAGAGGACUCAGAUGAUGAUGAUGCAGUUGAAGAACUCGAGGAGGAUGCUCAGGCUUGCUCUACCUCCUCUGGAUAUCAAAGUGAGGAUAGCUCAGCAAAUGAAGUUCCCGAUGACUCGUCAGAUCUGCCAAUCAAUGAAGAUGAUGAUGCUACAACCGGAAAUGAAAGACAAGUUCCUUUGGCCGAUCAGUUGUUUGGUAAAAGUGGUUCAGAAAUACUAGAGGAACAAUCUAACAUCGUGGCCAACAAGGAAUCUUUACCAGUUGAUUUCCCGGACUGCGUUGUCAAAUGCAAAUCAGCUUUUAAAUGCAGGAUAUGCCCUAGAGUUGUCUGUUUGAAUGAGGAGACUUUAAGGGCUCAUUUGAAAUCCAAGAGACAUGCUCGGUCUGUGAAAUUAUUGGACGAAGGUAGGUUGAAGACCAUGCUGAACACUGAUGGGAAAAUUGAAGAAGAGGAGACCCCUGCUUUAUAUGCUAGAAUUUUAGCUAAUUCGCAGGGUAUGCCGAGAAAGAAAAGUAAAAGAGAAGAGAAGAAGGUGUCAAGAAAGAAGAGAAUGAGAUAUGGUGCUAAGAAAUCCAAAGAGAACCCAGCCAAGAGAAGUCGUAAAUGA